AUGUGGCUGGGAAUUUUUGUAAUAAUUACCACAAUAUUUGGGGAUAUAUUCAGUGAACCCUUAAAUAAUAUCCUGCGGUCUCUGGAUAUAGAGUUGUCGUAUAAAACUAUAUUUUUACUCCAAAAUAAAAAUGAAAGCUUGUGCUGGAACCAAACAGACUUUGAAGAUAUGGUGGCAAUAUUAAAUUUCAACGCGAGUGACAGUGUGUAUCUAAAAGAUAGUUUUAAUAGCAAUAUACUGGUUCUAGUUUGCUUGGACAAAAACAAAAAUGAGACAAUGCAAGUUCUCUAUAAAAACCUUGAGGAUAUGCGAGAUACUCACACUAUAUUAUUCGCUGCUUCAGAAGUCAAAAUAAAAUACUUGUUUUUGGAUUGUUUCAAAGAGAAAAUGCUUAAUGUGCUGGCUUUUCAGGGCUCAGACAGAAAUAUUAUCUACAGCUACCAAGCAUUCCCAGCAUUUCGUCUAAUAAAGCGGAAUGUGAUGGAAAUUAAUAGAUACUUUGAACCACAACUGAAGGAUCUAGGCGGAUAUACCCUUAGGACACUACCAGACAAUAUAAUGCCAAGAACUGUGGCCUAUAGAACUUCUGAUGGACGUCGUCAGUUGGGUGGAUACCUGUGGCACUUUAUAAGGAACUAUGCUAGCACUCUGAAUGCAACUCUAAAAAUCUGCUGGGAUCUAGUUCCGGAAGAGGGUAUGACCAAUCUGGCCAAGGUCAUCCAACUGUCCAAAGCGUCUGGCGUGGACUUUCCUCUGGGCAUUGAUGGUCUCGACUUGGAGUCGGCGAAGCAGAAUGUUCCCUUGGAGAUGUCCAGCUGGUUUCUGAUGCUGCCCAUGGAGCCUGGCAUUCCACGCUCUCAUUUUCUUCUAAGAUUGCGACUAGAGGGCAUGAUUCCUUUGAUGCUGCUGGUGGCAGUAGCGCUGGGCAAUGCCCAUCGCAUUGCGGCCGGAUUGGAUCCAAGCUGGCGGAGUUUUCUUAUAAACGAUCAAGUCUUGCGUGGGAUUCUAGGACAGCCCUUUGUUCUGCCAGGACGACUCUCCUUGAAACUGAUGACAAUCUAUGGCUUGCUCCUCAUGGGAGGAUUCUUUAUGAGUAACUAUUACACCGCCGUUCUGGAGACUUGGCUGGUGCAUCCACCGGUGGCGGAUCACAUCAAUAACUGGGAGCAAAUGCAUUCACUAAAUCUAAAGAUACUUAUUAUUCCCACUGAAAAGCAGUACAUGACGGAGGCCAUGGGUAGCGAGUUCAUGAAUGCCCAUCGCGACAUGUUUGAAAUCACAAACUCAGCGAACUUUCAGAGGAAGCGAAUCCAGAUGGAUCCAAAGUAUGCGUAUCCAGUUACCACAACCCUGUGGCCACUUCUGAAGCAGGGUCAAGUCCGUCUCCAGCGACCCAUCUUCCGUAGGUCCCGCCAAAUAGUAUUCCUGCCAAUGCUGAUUCUGACCAUGUCGCUGCCGGAUAACUCACCCUUUCACAAGUCACUCCUGAAGUACAGGAGAAAUGCCCAGGAGAGUGGUCUAUAUUACAUUUGGUUCACACGAAGCUUCAACGAAUUGAGGGCUCUUGGAAGAAUCACCUACAAUGUCGACAGUAACAUGGAAGUAUAUUGUGAUCUGAAGUGGCAUGAUUUUUAUUUUAUAUGGCUUGCCUUUGUGGCAGGAAUAAUGGUCAGUGUCCUUGGAUUUCUGCUAGAGCUAGGCUACCAUAGGUGGAGUAUAAAAAGUACGCACAAAUAA